GUUUCUUAAGCGUUUCGCAGGGUGUACCCUACACUGCUCUGAGAGCCUCUUGUGGUUUCCACGACAUGUUCUUACAACAUUUCUGGCGCAGCCUGCCUUGUUUUAUCACCUCGGGGUUCUGCUCCAAGAACCUCGUUUCUGCUCUCAGAACAUCUUCGAGUUCUAAUAAACAUCUCGUGGCAGGACUAUAAGAAGGCCGGGGCGGUCGGUCCCUGCUCAACACUCGGUGCUGGUCGCGCGGGGGGGGGGGCAUCCGCAAUAGAGGCGCCCCGUCCGUGUCCACGGGGCCUGCGGCCCAGGGGCCGAGCCCGCGGCGAGGCUGCGAGCCCACGCCUCCGACGUCUCGAUGUAUCUUUGAGCGUGGGGCACCCGGGGCCUCUCGGCCCCUUGCCUGGCACGGGCUCUUCGUCCUGGCUCGUGGUGUUUGGCAGUUCCAGGGUCCGGCAUCGCCCUCCGGAGGCUGGAAGCGGAGACAAGCAUCAGGCUCUAUAUGUUUGAGUCUCUGGAGGUUUGGGGCCUGGAUAUGUUUUCCGCCAACGGUCGGGCGGACGGAACGGGGGGGGGGCAUGGGCGGGGGCGGCGAGACUGAGGCGCACCAUUUCCAGCACCUGCUGUCGGGGCCGCGGCGGCAGUGGACAGGGUCCACUCUCGGGGCCACUGCUCUGCAAAUCUCGAUGCCCCUCCCCCCUCCCCCGUUUGCUGCCCUUCCCGUCGACGUCCGCCCGAAGGCCUCGGGCCCGUGCUACGUGAUGCCGUCACCGCAGAACCAACGGACCCCGGGGAAGAACAAGCGCACGCCUUCCCUGUCGCCGCAGAUCCCUCUGGCGCACUUGCAUGGCUACAGCGCCAGCUCCAUCGACGCCCUCGACGGCGACAAGAGCAUGAUGGUGUGCAGGCACUGGAAGUCGAAGGGCUGGUGCCGGCUGGAGGGCGGGUGCAAGUUCCUGCACCCGGACAGCAAGCGGGGCACCGGCGUGCCCCCGAAGCGCGGCGGCGGCGCGGGCGGCCGGGAGGGCGCCGGCCCGGCCGGCGAGGGCACGCCCCCGGGCGGCGGGGCGGCGGCCGCGGCGGGGGAGAGCACGCGGAGCUCGGGCACGAGGUCCAGGCGAUCCGGCAGGGGCAGGAACAACCGAGGCCAGAACGCCAGCGGCGCCGCCGGCCCGGACGAGGGCCACACGCCUGGCGCUGCUCCAGCGCACGUGCUGACCAUGCAGGGGGCGCCACCGAACGGCCCAGGCCGCCACGACGAGGGCGUGCACGACAGGUGAGGGCCGCCGCCGCGGUUCCAGGAGGCGGCCGCGCCAAGACGGUCCAGUAUACGGACAGUCUAGUCUCCUCUCAAGAGCAGGAUGGGUAGUCUCAGGAGGCUCGAGAGCAGGCUGUGGCCCGCAGGAGCAGGCCAGCAAGCCGCCCUGUCACUCAGGAAGUUUUAAGCACGGCCAGGCUCCCGCAGCACAUCAGUCGGUGUAGUGGCUAAUCAUCUUUAGCUUAGCGUUACUGUUACUACUAAUGCUGCCUUCCUAGGGGUUCCAACUCCUAGGUAGGGUCGCACUGGGAUAAUUUUUUUUUUUCGUCGACAAUCCCCCUGGUAGGGGGACAGGCCCGUGCUGGGGCAGGAGCGGCCCCCUCGGCGUGGCGCUCGCGGGGCCCCGCCGCGGCCCCAGUGGGCACGGCCGCCGCCGGUCCGGAGCGCGCGCAGGGAGGGCGCGCGCGCGCGCACGCGGACGCCACGCGGGGUGUCGAAGGCGUGCUGACGUCGGG